AUGAUUAAUGAUAUUAAAGAUAGCUAUUAAUAAAAUAACGUUAAUUAUGUAAUUUUAAUAUUAGUUAUAAAUGGAAGAUUCAAUAAAUUAAAAUUAAUACAAGAAAAUUAUAUCACUUAAGCAUUAUCAAUAGCAGCAGCUUAUAAAAUUAAUACAAUUAGAAAUAUACCCUAUUAUGAAAAUUUCAAUAGACUAUUAGAAGAAUGCUAUAUUAAAAGCCUCUAACCAGAAGAUAAUCUUGAUUUCUUCAAACCUCCAAAAGAUAAAGAAAAACCAGACCCUAGGAAGAACCUUUGA